AUGAAGCUGGCGACGGUUUUCACCGCGACGUUGAUCGUCAUCUUUCUUCGGUUGGCCCACUGUAGCAAGGAGCCAAUGUAUGGCCCGAAGGCAAGCACACUUGACCACCGCGCUUGCUCGCCACCACCGCACAGUUACGCCAGCAAACGGGUAGGAAUCUCUCCAACAACUCCCUACUACCCGAACAGUUACGAAAGUCACGAAAGCAGUGAAGAACACCGCAUGACUGCGGUGGAUCAUUACAUGCCGAAGUUCCAUUGCAAGGAUGGACACUGUCCGGAAAAACGGUUACCCCUGUCGCUCUGCGUACAGCUGCCAUCGGACGCACACAAGAAGCUGUCGAAAAAUCUGCUCCACCAAAUUGUCUGCUCACUCAUGGAUCCUUCGAAGCAUCAUCCUACUCCGGGCGCCCCGUACGAAUCGCACAAGAAACCCUGCGAAUAUCCCAAGAAACCCUGCGAAUGCACUAAAAAGCCGCACGCUCCACCGAAGGAACCUUGUGAUAAGCCGAAGGAAACGUACGAACCACCACACAAGGUGUACGAACCGACGCCGAAACCAUGCGCCGAAGUGAAGCCGUCUUACGAGCAACCGAAGAAGGCUUACACGCCACCCGCACCGUACCAUCCAACCUAUGCGCCAGCGGUGGAUCAUUACGAGCCAACCAAGAAGCCCUACACUCCACCCCACGUCCCCUGCAAAACUACCUAUGCCCCCGAGAAGGAAUAUUACGAGCCAACCAAAAAGCCUUACGUACCACACAAGCCUGCUUGUGGAGCAUCGGCUGAGGUGUACGAGACGCCCAAGAACACCUACAAGCCACACAAACCUACUUAUGGAGCAUCGGCCGAGACAUACGAGCAGCCGAAGAAGGCAUACGCACCGCAAGCACCACCCCACAAACCAACCUACGGAGCAUCGGCUGAAACGUACGAGUCCAAGAAGUCCUACACCCAGCAGAAGGAGUCCUAUGCACGUGUCCAGUACGGUGCGCCUAAGGAGACGUACCCUGUCACCGAAAAACCUUGCCAUAAACCUACCACCCCAGCUCCCUACACUACCCCACGACCAACCCCCUGUCCUAAGCAUCCCACCACGGCCCAUCCUUACACCUAUCACACCACACAUCCAACCUAUGCUCCGUACACCGUCCCACCACGUUACCCAUCCAUGACGUACAACAGUCAGACCUACCCGAAAGCAUCUCACGUUCCUGCGAGCUACGAAUCGAAAGCUCCAAGCUACGCACCACCACCAACCUAUCCGAAGCCAGCGAAAAAGUCCUGCCCGUGCACUGAACGUCGGCCCAGCCAUAGCUACAACUACUAG